AUGUCGUCUCUGCUAUUCUCUUCCAAGCUUUCUCUCGGCAAACAGGCACAGACACCAAUUCGCAUGCUCUCCACCACCACCAACCCUUACUUGAUGUAUCGUGUCACGGCUUGUGGUGAAGAGUUUCAAGAGGCCGGCGUAAUGACAGAGCUCCACAUAUUUGACCCGGCCAAAGAAGAGAAUUUCAGCGUGGGUGAUAAGCCAUUUCCCAAAGAGAUGGUUGAGUCAAAUUCUUUUCUUUCUUUUUUUUUCUAA